AUCCUUCACGAUGAUAGUUGCGGGCGACAGCAAGCAGGCGCUUCUCGCAAAUCAGCCGCAAGAUGCUGAAACGCCAUUUGCGCAAGCUGAUGUUACUGUAAAUCGCGCAGAAAUCGACGCUGCAGAAGUUCCGCCACCUUACAGUCAAAUCACAGGAUCACCUAUCCCUUCUGGUUCCUCGUCUCCACCUCGUGGACCGUCAGAUGCCGACCCUGAAAAUCGACCAUUCCUCCCACCUGUGAAGCCAUGCAACUACCUCUAUCUGUCUCGGCAAAACUCGUCUAUACGCGGACAAUACGUCGUGGAUCCGUUGAUGUCGGUUCCUUCGGUUAUUCUACCUGAACUACCCGAAGGGGAGGUCCGGAAGAACUUGAGCAUCAACAGCAAGAAUGGCGGGAUCAAUGCAGAGAUAUGGGUGAUGAAGAAUUCGCGAGAAGGAAGUGAAGACAAAGGAACUAGGACAACGCUGAACGUUGAAUCGUACAACGGAAGUAUUUUGGUCAAAGUGCGAACAUCACCAUCAGCAUGCACACCCUUCAUUCUGAUGGCGACGGGCCAUAAUGGUGGCGUCAUGAUCCACGUUCCACGGACCUUCUGUGGUCCAGUAUCCGCGUUCACGAAGAACGGUUCUGUUUCAUGGUCGAACACUUUGGAGCCUCACGUUACUAUGUUUUCCGAGCAAUCCAACAAGCGACAGGCUUUCAUCGGCGAUUUAUCCGCCUCGGGAUGGGCGGAAUUGCCAGAGACAUGGGUUGGCGACGAGAUCGUGGCGGAGACAUGGAACGGAUCCAUCAAGUUCCAGUUCAUCGACGAGCCGGUGUUGCCUAGCACGAGCAUCCUCACCAAAUUAUUCGGCUGGGGCAAGGACUGAUUAGUAGCGAUGUCGGAUGCAUGGGCUUCUUCCUUGUACUGUACUCAUUCAUCGACAUGCGGGACCACGGAUGAUAUGUGAUACCUCAUCAUACUUCAGUGAGCCU